UGAUUUUGAAGAGUUGUGUCUUAGCGCCCUCUUUUCUAGAAAUAAAUAAGAGAACCAAUGUCAAGGUCAUAAGAAUAUUUGAUAUUUUGACAUUUUUCUUGCAGAAAAUGUGGAAAUCUGGCCAUUUGUCCCACAUCAGAUUGUAAUAAUUCUGGAGGAAUUAGGUCAUGACGGAGAAAAAAAUUCUAGUCUCCCUUGAUUUUGAUCACACAAUCAUCGACGACAACAGUGACACACAUGUGACAAAGCUGCUGCCCAAUGGAGAAGUCCCGGAAGACACCAAGAGCAUGUACAGCAACAAAAACUGGACGCGCUACAUGGGCGCCAUCUUUGAGGACUUGCAUAAGCAAGGAGUCCUAGCAGCCCAAAUUCACAAAUGCAUGCAUGAGAUAGAGUUCACCCAGGGUAUGACAGAGCUGAUCAAAUACCUGGGCACCAGUGACAGAUUUGAAGUUAUCAUCAUAUCGGAUUCUAAUUCCAUUUUCAUCGAUACCAUUCUUGAGGCCAGUGACCUGAAACAGUACGUGGAUGAAGUCUACACGAAUCCGGCAGAGUUUGACUGCAAUGGCUGCCUCAGGAUUAAUAAUUACCACACUCAAGACUGGUGCGACCUCAGCACAAUCAACCUCUGCAAGGGACACAUUCUGGAAACACAUAUUGCUAAGCAGAAAUCAAAUGGUAUUCAGUACCAGAAGAUUGCCUAUAUUGGCGACGGAAGCAAUGAUCUCUGUGCCUGUUUAAAAUUAGGCCAGGAUGACCUAAUUUUUCCCAGGCGUGGAUUCAGAUUGUUGAAAAAGAUUGAAGCAAUUAAGGAGUCUAAUGGACAAGAAGAUGUGCCAAUGCCCUUAGAGGCAAGCAUACACCCAUGGGACAAUGCUCUCCAUAUAGAAGAAGUCCUACAUAGUCUGUGAUAUUGUGAAUGCUUAGUAAACAUAAUUGUGAUAAACACCUUACUGCUUUACAUGUGGAGUCUAGUGAAGUCAAGGGCUUUUGUCAGUUUUCAUAUCAGAUCAAUUUAGGGAAUGUUUUCAAUGAAAAGUUAAUCAGCGUAGAAUAUGUUUAAGACAUUUAUCUUAUGUUGAUGUACUAGUAGACUUAUUACACUUGACUUCAAAUCUAUAGGGAAGCAAGGCAUUGGCUUCAUUACCAUUUCAGGGUUUAGUUUUUUAGUAUUUAUUGGUCUUCAAAUUUACUGGUACUGUAACUUAAGUGCAAUCAAUAAUUAUUUAUUUAAUAUCAUCAUUUACUAGUGUAUUUGGUGCUACAAUUAUAUAAAUUGUUAAAAAGUUGAUUUUUUUUCAUGAUUUUUUGUGGGGACAGACAGUUUUCUUAUACUCAUUGUGGGUUAAACCUCCAAAUUAAUUAAUUAAUUAUCUAGUCUAUCAGUGACUCUGUGUGAUAUUUUGCUCGUCUGUUGGUGAUGCAGUAACAACUGUAACACACAGACUAGAAAUUUACUUGCCAGUGUAAGCAGCCAGAAUUAAAAAAAAA